GAGCGUCGGCCUGCGGAGCGCUUGAGUCACUGCGCGGCUAAUAAUGUGGGUAAAAUGCGUACUUUCAGCCCAUUUCAGCUCAGCCGUUGGACGUGUCGCUCUGUCUGUUUCACCUUUUCCCAUAGGACUUGAAUGCAACAUCAGAUAAGCUAGCAGGCCGUGUCUUCGGGAUGUUGGCGUAACGUCGUCCUCCAAUGAGAAGCAUCCAUAACACCCACAACAGCGGUCCGUACGGCUCCAUAUUGGAUCUGCCUUUUCUUAGAAAUACAUUGAACUGGAUGUCUUUCUGCGCAUAUUGUCAAACAUACAGCCAGGCAGCCGGCUCUGCUUCCCGGGGCUCAGGUAUGAGGGAUGUAGACGACAAUAGGCGCUGUCACGAACAAAUGUUCUUCGGGGCUUUGUUUUACUCAGCGGCGUCAUUCAGACCGUUUUUUAACGGGUCUGAGAAAUCAGGUUAGAGGCGCACCUGACGAGCGGAGCGAAAAGUGGCAUGCAGGCUGAGGAAGAAAUAAUUGGAUUGAGAUAACGCCGCACAGGCAACUCUCCUCUCUCUGUUGCAGUGAUGUUCACACUCACUGAGGUUGCGUCCCUGAAUGACAUCCAGCCAACGUACCGCAUCCUGAAGCCAUGGUGGGACGUCUUCAUGGACUACCUGGGGCUGGUCAUGCUCAUGCUGGCCAUAUUCGCCAUGACCAUGCAGAUCACCAAGGACCAGGUGGCCUGCCUUCCGUGUCUGGAGGACCCGGAGGACCCCUCGGGAGCUAAGCCUGACUCGUUCACGCAGCAGAGCGCACAGAAAGCAGCUUCACCAGCAGCCACCGUGGCAACCGCCAUGCCCCUCGUCACUAAGGACUUACCGGACGAAGUUGUCCACGAGAUCCAUGUCACGCACCAACACACUGCUGUAGCUGCAGGGAAAUAUUCCAAUCAACCAGAACCGACAGGGGUCAGGACCAACCUGGACUUUCAACAAUAUAUCUUCAUCAACCAAAUAUGUUACCAUGUUGCCUUGCCCUGGUAUUCCAAGUACUUUCCUUACCUCACACUCAUCCACACCAUUGUUCUCAUGGUCAGUAGCAAUUUCUGGUUCAAAUACCCCAAAACGAGCUCAAAGAUUGAGCAUUUUGUCUCGAUUCUAGGUAGAUGCUUUGAGUCUCCCUGGACUACGAAGGCUUUGUCUGAAACAGCUUGUGAGGACUCCGAGGAGAACAAACAGCGGUUGACCGGCACCUCCACUGCACCGAAGCAGGUAUCUUUAGAGGGGAAGGAUGACGGGACAAAUGUCAACUCAUCCACACCCAUGCUCGGGGUAAAGUUCUCUGCAGAUAAGCCCAUCGCAGAGGUACCAAGUAGUAUGACAAUCCUGGACAAGAAAGAUGGGGAGCAGGCCAAAGCCUUGUUUGAGAAAGUACGAAAAUUCAGAGCUCACGUGGAGGACAGUGAUUUCAUCUACAAGCUUUAUGUAGCACAGACUGUUGUCAAAACUGUCAAGUUUAUUUUGAUACUAUCCUACACUUCAACCUUUUUGGCUAAAAUACAUUUUAAGCAUGAUUGUGAACCUGAUAUCAAACAGUUAACAGGGUACAGAAAGUUCUUCUGUACGCACAACAUGGCUUUCAUGCUGAACAAGCUGCUUAUUAGCUACAUGGCUUUGAUUUUGAUCUACGGGAUGGCUUGCUUGUACUCUCUCUUCUGGGUGUUUCGACGACCACUGAAAGAGUACUCAUUCGAGAAAGUCCGGGAGGAGAGCAGCUUUAGUGACAUUCCUGAUGUCAAAAAUGACUUUGCAUUCCUCUUACACAUGGUUGACCAGUAUGACCAACUCUAUUCCAAACGCUUUGGUGUCUUCUUGUCCGAGGUCAGUGAAAACAAGCUUAGGGAGAUCAGCCUCAAUCACGAGUGGACCUUUGAAAAACUCAGGCAGCUUGUGACCCGUAACGCACUGGACCAGCAGGAGCUGCAUCUUUUCAUGCUCUCUGGUCUUCCGAAUGCGGUGUUUGACCUCACAGACUUGGAAGUGCUGAAACUGGAGCUGAUUCCUGAGGUGAGGUUUUCAGCAAAGGUCUCCCAAAUGACCAGCCUGCUGGAGCUGCAUCUCUGCCACUGUCCGGCCAAAGUAGAGCAAACAGGGUUUGCUUUCCUCCGUGACCAUCUUCGCUGCCUUCAUGUCAAGUUCACUGAUGUUGCUGAGAUCCCAGCAUGGGUGUAUUUGCUGAGGAGUUUAAGGGAACUUAACCUGAUCGGCAACUUGAGCUCUGAGAAUAACAAAAUGAUUGGUCUGGAGUCCAUGCGAGAUUUGAGGCAUUUAAAGACAUUAUGCUUGAAGAGCAACCUCACAAAAAUGCCGACAAACAUCACAGAGCUGUCACCACAUCUGAUAAAGCUCAUAGUGCACAAUGAUGGUACAAAACUGAUGGUACUAAAUAGUCUGAAAAAAAUGACAAAUCUAAUUGAACUGGAGCUGCACACCUGCGAACUGGAGAGGAUUCCCCACGCCAUUUUCAGCUUGACCAACUUGCAGGAACUCGACCUGAAAUCGAACAACAUCCGAACUAUAGAGGAGAUCAUCAGCUUCCAGCAUCUCAAGAGGCUGACGGUUCUUAAACUGUGGCACAACAAAAUCAUCACCAUCCCAUCCUCCAUUGGCCAGGUCAAGUCUCUGGAGGCUCUCCACCUCUCUCACAAUAAACUGGAGACCCUGCCUCCGGCCUUGUUCACUCUACCCAAACUGCGGCACUUGGACGUGGGCCACAACUCCAUCGCGGUGCUCCCUCCAGAUGUGGGUCUCCUCCACAAUCUGCAGCACUUGGCCAUCAACUCCAACAAGCUGGAGGUGCUGCCAAAGCCUCUGUUCAGAUGCUCCAAGCUCAAGACGCUGUGUCUGGGGAACAAUGCGCUCACCGUGCUGCCAGAGAUUGUGGGCCAACUGGUCCAGCUCACUCAGCUGGAGCUGAGAGGAAACUGUCUGGACAGACUGCCCGCCCAGCUGGGAAACUGCCGCCUGCUGCGCAAAAGCGGCGUGGUUGUGGAGGACCAUCUCUUUGACGCACUGCCUGUGGAAGUUAAGGAGAACUUCAGCCGAGAGACCAACUUUACGAGUGGCUUAUAGCACAAAAACUACGACUCGUGGUUCAUGAGUUCAUGACAAGCCUGUGUAACAGAUGUAAGAGUAGACUCUUUAUUAUUAUUAUUAUUAUUAUUAUAAGAUCCAUAAAAAUGAAUGCAUUUUCUUGAUUAUUUUAAUGAGUUGUCUAAGUUGCUUUUGUAUUAGAAAUGGUACAGAUAGUUUUACUUGUUGCUGAGUAUGUAAUUCAGCAACCUUUUGGCAUUUAGGCUUUUCAUAGCUUUGAGUAAUGAAACAUUAUACAUCUAGCUUCUCUAUGUAAUACUCUAUAGACCAAAACUGUUUUCUCCAAUGGCACAGUAUGUAGAUUUAUCAUUAUUGUUUGUACUCAGGUAUAAUUGUAACCAUGGGGAACAAUCUUUUUGCCUUAACUGCUGCUUUUCUUUUCUUUCUUUUUUUACAGUGAGGGCUUUCACAAACAAAAGGCCAAAAAUGAAUAUUUCUUUGUUUUCUUGUCAGUUUUUCAUACAUACACUAUCCACAGAGUGAUUUCUAUAUGUUUUAGAAGAGGACACAAUGCAACACCUUUUUUCUCAGUAACUUUAACCUUUAUUUGAAUCAUGUAACCUUUAUCUUUCUCAAAGUCUUGUAGCCAAAGGAAUACAUUUAGAGUUGAAAACUCAGGUGGAGGCUAAGCACCAGAAACUAACCUUUACCUUCCUGUUGUAGAGAUUGUAUACUAAGGCCUUUAGUAAUUCAUUUGCACAUUGAAAACCUAUUGAUUUAAAGAUCGGUGAAUGUCCUUUGUGAUAACAUGUCCCUAGACCAACGUGAGCUGAUAAAAGGGAACUCUUUUUAAUCAUGAUUUGAAAUUUUAAAUGUGUAAUAAAACCGGUAGGACUAAUUAUUUAACAUGUCAGAAUUGAACAAUGACGACAUCUGCCUUCAUUCUUCUCAAUGUAUUUCUAUGUAGGCUUAUAUAUACAGUAUGUGUUCUCCAGAGCUGCUGUACCACCUUUGUGAUCCUAUGCUCAAAGUUCACAGCUUUAUGGCACAAUAAAACACGAUUUUAGAUGAA